AUGGAUAUAAUUAAAGACGAAACAAAAGAGAUGGAUAUAUACAACCCUUCUGUGUCCAUAAAUUUUCAGAAAAGCAUACUAAAAAAUUCUUGUGAUACUCCUAAGGAUACUAAAUUGGAAAAACUAAAAAGAGAACACAACAUUUUAACAAGCUCAUAUGAUUAUAAUUCAGAAAAAAAAAAAGAAAGAAGAAAUAUAUGGAAAGAAAAAGUAAAACAUAAUAUUGCUAGUAAGAAUAAGAAGAAGACCGUUAGAAUAAAAAAAGAAGAAAAUAAUGAAUCAGAAGAUAAAAAAGUAGAAAAUUUAAAAUUGUAUAUAAAUGAUAAGAAUAAUAAUUUGAAUGUAUAUAUUGAUGAAAAGGAUUUAUUUGAAGAAACUCCAAAUAUAUCUUUUAAUACAUUAUUAUCAUAUAUUUCUAAUAUAUUUUUAAGAAAAAAAAAUAUAUAUGAAAUAAAAAAAUGUGAUUUUAUAAAAGAAGUUAAUACCGAUGAAUGUUUAAAAAGAAAUUUUAUACCUCCAGUAGAUAUAUUAUAUGAUGAUAAAAAAGUAUUAUUUCUAUUUUUUAUAUCUGGAAAUUUACAAAAUUUCCAUGUUACCUCAAAUAAUAAUUAUAUAACUAUAUCUGGAGAAAAAAUACCCUACCUUCUUCAAGAUCAUACAAGUUAUUUUUCUCAUGAAAUAAAAAAAGGAUAUUUUAUAAGGACCUACUACUUUAUGAAAUCAUUUGACAAGGAAAAAAUAUAUUAUGAACAAAACAAUGGAGUUAUAAAAAUAUAUGUUUAUAUAUGUGAUGAUAAGAAUAUUUAA